AUAUGCGGUGUAAGAGCCACAGUUAGCUUCCAAGAUUUAAUGAUUUUAAGGUUAUGUUAUUUCAAAAAUGAAUUCAAUUUUAAACGAUUUAUCUUCUUCAAUUAAUUCUAAUAAUAAAGAGCUUAUUAAAGAAAGCUUGCGCGUAUUAAUUAAGCAAGGCAAAGAUAUACAGUUGUCAAAUUUAAAUGCGAUUUCGCCACUAUUCCAGCACACCUCCAAGGAAAUUGCUCUAUUAGUAACCGAAGGAGUUGCAGAGCUCGCAAAGACCGAAGAAAAUCGCAAUGUUCUUACGACAGAGUCGGUAAUUAAAUUUUUAACGUGCGGACUUACCGGGACUGACGACUUGGUCGUUCAAACGUGUCGAGCUCUCUGCAACAUUUGUUACGAUAACGAGGCGGCACGCGUGUUAAUAGGCUCGGAAGGGUUGGUGACGCUCAUAUCAAUUGUGAAACGUAACUCGUUCUCGAAGAAUUUCAAAUUGCUUAACGUAGCCUACGCAUUUACGUUGAACUUGUUGAUGGGAAAUGACGAAUUACAAAAGCUCGCGAUUAAAUAUGACAUAUUAUCCACAAUGGAAAGUACCUUAAAACUGUCCGCAAAUGAUCUGGCCAACAGCGAAGAUUGUUGCUCCCAUUUGCUGCUAACUUUAAAUCUACUCACCGAUCAUUUGGUCGAUACUCAGCUCUCCGACGAGUUCUGUUGUACGUUGAUCGAUGUUUUAAAGUUGUCUACGCAUCCGGAAACGUGCGUGAUAUGCUUAGAAAUUCUACACAUGCAGUUGGAGAAUAAUGACACGAAAUUAUUGCUGGCGAAAAGUGGCGUGUGCGAGCUAGUGUUCGAGUUAGUCGAAAAGUAUAAGCACCGAGUCGACGACGAAGAUAGCAGAGCUGCCCUCAAAAUGGCGUGCGAUAUUAUCGUCUUAAUCCUCACGGGAGACGAACCCAUGGAUUUGCUGUUCAGUAACGGCGACGGUGUGCUGUAUAAGAAUAUGCUAACGUGGCUGAAUUCGGACGAUUUCGAUUUACUUAGUACGGGUAUUUUGGCGAUCGGGAACUUCGCUCGUAACGAUGCCCAUUGCAUUCAAAUGGUGCAGAAUGGUAUCGCCAAAAGCUUGCUCGAUUUAUUAUCGAAGCACAACACGAUCGACAGCGAUGUUAAAGUUCAGCACGCGAUAUUGGGCGCCCUAAGAAAUUUGGUGAUUCUGCCCCAGAAUAAGGCGCAAAUUCUUAGAGAUGGGCUGGUGUCAAUUCUGUAUCCGAUGUUGGACAUAAAACAUUUGCACGUCACCUUCAAGUUGAUAGGCACAUUGCGGAUCGUUAUCGACGGGCAAGCUACGGCCGCGCUCGACUUGGUGACGCGACGGGAUCUGCUGACGAAAAUAGUCGAGUGGUCCAACAACACCGACCAUUUGGGCGUACGCGGGGAAGCGUCCCGAUUUCUCGCCUGGCUCAUCAAACAUUGUCACUCGAGCAAGCCGUACGUCCUCAUUUUGGAAACGAAAGAUUGCGUCAAGUGCUUGGUCGAUAUGAUCUCUUCGAAUCAUGCGGUGAUGCAAAACGAAGCGUUUUACUCCAUUACGUUGUUAUGUUCGAAGUGCUACGAGAACCCCGCUCGCGUCGACGAAUUAAGCGCGGUAUUAAUCGAAGCAAACAUCGGAAAGAAUUUAAGCUUCCUCGUCAACAAAUAUAAAGAUAAGUUCGAAGGUGAAGCCGUUUCCAAUCUCUUAACGCUAGUGGAAAAUUUGAGCAAGUCCCCGUCUGUCGUUGACCACUUGAGGGAGUCAAAUGUGCACGAACGCCUCCGACAAUUACUAGAUAAUUCCAAAAUUAACGAGAGACACGAUCGAAUUAUACAAUUAGCGAAUGCGAUCGAUAGCGGUUAAAUCUCGUCGAAGUGGCAAUUUAAAGGGGCCAUCUUUUUAUAAACGUAGCGCCGAUAAUCCAGUUUUCAUUUUAUCUCUUGUAUUCAGCACGUUUUGAUGCUUAACAAUAUUAACUGACCUUAUACAGGGUGUCUCGUGUCGAUAACGAACUGAGAGAUGAAUUAAUUUGUGUAUGGUGAGUAUUUGUCAAUUAUCUUAAAUUCUAAACGUUGCAGCACUGAUCUAUUGCACUUUUUAAUGACCCCCCCCCCCUUAAUUCUAUCCUCAUAAUUUUAGUGACACACCCUGUAUACAUUUGAACAUUAGACGUUAUCGAUUCGAUUUAAUAUCCACUACUUCAAUUUAAAUCUACGAAUUUUUAAUAAUAUUGAACUUUCUCUCACAUUUUAUUGUUCACGAAUAGAACAUUUUAAAGAGUAUCCAAUUUGAACUUAGAUGGCGUCACCUGUUUUUCAUAAAGAUAAGUAUUGCACCAAUGUUUAAAAUUGUUAUGAAAUGUUUCAUAUUCUUCUACAAUAAAGAUCGUGCUUUAAUUA